GCGCGGGGAGGCCGGGGUAGGGGCCUGUGUGCCGCCGCUGCGCCCUCAUUUUGGGCUUCCCGGUGCGGGGCCGGGCCGGGCCGGCGAGGGUGGGUCCGCCCGCUUGUUUACCGACAGUCGAUGCUCCGGGCUGGACGCGCCGCCUGCCCCGCCGCCUCUUCCGCCAGCUUCCCCUCCCCCACUGCCCUCCUGCCGCCCGGCGGGGCGCGGAGUGGGCACGCGAGUGGGGUUCGGCUCCCCCUCCGCCGGAGGCCCGGGAAGACCGCGUCCGCCGUCGCAGGCUGGUGCUGGUCCCCAAGCUCGCGUUUCUGCCUCGGGGCGCCGCCUCCGCCCCCCGCGGGAGCCGGGGUUGCUGCCAGUUCCGUCUUCGGAAAAUAAAGCUUCCUGCUUGACAUAACUCACUUCAAGAAGUGCACAAUGUCAGAACGUGGAAUUAAGUGGGCUUGUGAAUAUUGUACGUAUGAAAACUGGCCAUCUGCAAUCAAGUGCACCAUGUGUCGCGCCCAGAGACCUAGUGGAACUAUUAUCACAGAAGAUCCAUUCAAAAGCGGUUCCAGUGAUGUUGGCCGAGAUUGGGAUCCUUCCAGCACCGAAGGAGGAAGUAGUCCUUUGAUAUGCCCAGACUCUAGUGCAAGACCAAGGGUUAAGUCUUCGUACAGCGUGGAGAAUGCAAAUAAAUGGUCAUGCCACAUGUGCACGUAUUUGAACUGGCCAAGAGCAAUCAGAUGUACCCAGUGCUUAUCCCAGCGCAGGACCAGGAGUCCCACAGAGUCUCCUCAAUCCUCAGGAUCUGGCUCAAGACCAGUUGCUUUUUCUGUUGAUCCUUGCGAGGAAUACAAUGACAGAAAUAAACUGAACACAAGGACCCAGCAUUGGACUUGUUCUAUUUGCACAUAUGAAAACUGGGCCAAGGCUAAAAAGUGUGUUGUUUGCGAUCAUCCCAGACCUAAUAAUAUUGAAGCGAUAGAGUUGGCAGAGACUGAAGAGGCUUCUUCAAUAAUAAAUGAGCAGGACAGGGCUCGGUGGAGGGGAAGCUGCAGCAGCAGCAACAGCCAAAGAAGGUCGCCUCCCACCACGAAGCGGGACUCCGACGUGCAGAUGGAUUUCCAGAGGAUUGAGUUGGCGGGCGCUGUGGGCAGCAAGGAGGAGCUUGAGGUGGACUUCAAAAAACUAAAGCAGAUUAAGAACAGGAUGAAAAAGACUGACUGGCUGUUCCUCAAUGCUUGUGUGGGGGUUGUAGAGGGCGAUUUAGCUGCUAUCGAAGCCUACAAGUCGUCAGGAGGGGACAUCGCCCGGCAGCUCACUGCGGAUGAGGUGCGCCUGCUGAACCGCCCUUCCGCCUUCGACGUGGGCUACACGCUGGUGCACCUGGCCAUCCGCUUCCAGCGGCAGGACAUGCUCGCCAUCCUGCUCACGGAGAGGAACAUGUCUUUUGUGUUGAAGGUGUCUCAGCAAGCAGCCAAGUGUAUUCCCGCCAUGGUGUGUCCCGAGCUGACGGAGCAGAUCCGGCGGGAGAUCGCGGCCUCUCUCCACCAGCGGAAGGGGGACUUCGCUUGCUACUUCCUCACCGACCUGGUCACGUUCACGCUGCCGGCAGAUAUUGAGGACUUGCCUCCGACGGUCCAAGAAAAGGUGUUUGAUGAGGUGCUGGACAGAGAUGUUCAAAAAGAGCUGGAGGAGGAGUCUCCGAUCAUAAACUGGUCCUUGGAGUUGGCUACGCGCCUGGACAGUCGGCUCUACGCCCUUUGGAACCGGACGGCGGGAGACUGCCUGCUGGACUCAGUGCUGCAAGCGACCUGGGGCAUCUACGACAAGGACUCGGUGCUUCGGAAAGCCCUGCACGACAGCCUGCACGACUGUUCCCACUGGUUUUACACACGUUGGAAAGAUUGGGAAUCGUGGUAUUCUCAGAGCUUCGGUUUACAUUUUUCCCUGAGGGAAGAACAGUGGCAGGAAGACUGGGCAUUCAUCCUCUCUCUCGCCAGCCAGCCUGGAGCGAGCUUGGAGCAGACACACAUCUUCGUGCUUGCGCACAUCCUCAGGCGCCCGAUCAUCGUUUACGGCGUGAAGUUCUACAAGAGCUUCCGGGGAGAAACGCUGGGGUACACUCGGUUCCAAGGUGUGUAUUUGCCUUUGUUGUGGGAACAGAGUUUCUGUUGGAAAAGUCCAAUCGCCCUGGGCUAUACAAGGGGCCACUUCUCUGCUCUGGUUGCCAUGGAAAAUGACGGCUAUGGCAGCCGAGGUGCUGGUGCUAACCUGAACACCGACGACGACGUCACCAUCACCUUCCUGCCUCUGGUGGACAGCGAGCGGAAGUUACUCCACGUGCACUUCCUUUCUGCUCAGGAGCUGGGCAACGAGGAGCAGCAGGAGCGGCUGCUGCGCGAGUGGCUGGACUGCUGCGUGACCGAGGGCGGCGUGCUGGUCGCCAUGCAGAAAAGCUCUCGGCGGCGCAGCCACCCCCUGGUCACGCACAUGGUCGAGAAGUGGCUGGACCGCUACCGGCAGAUCCGGCCUUGCACAUCCCUGUCUGAUGGAGAGGAAGAUGAAGACGACGAAGACGAAUGAACAGAGCAGAGAGCGGGAGACCAAGGUAUCGGCUCUGUGGUGACCCCCAGGGAGUGUGGUGCUCCAGGCAGAGGCAUGGCAUGGGCCCGAGCGACCGCAGGGCCUGCCUGGAGGGCUGAUCCACACCCGACGGCGGUGGCGCGUCUGCCGAGCGAGGACAGAACUUGGUUUGGACUCCAGUUUGUAAAAACCAAUUCAUUCAGACAGAACUCUUCCUUUCCAGGCGUCAAUCUGUCUAUAAAUGUCACGCAUGUGGUUGUGUAAGAACUUGUGUAAUAGGAGCAGUUGUACCAGCAUCUCCAUGUCCCUGCGGAGUGUUCAGCAUGGGCACCUCCAAGGGCACAGGCACACGGCUUUGUUCCUUUGAGAUGUUUUUUUAAACUAGAACCUGGCAUCCUCUUUCCAUCGUAAAAGAUCCAUUUACAUCGAGUCUCAAUCGAGCUCCUUAGAGAUUACAAACUUUUUGUACAAAUUGUCCACCACAGCAAAACAUAAAAAUAAAACAAACUUAUUUUAUUAAUAAUUUAGUUCCUGUUGUGCCCAAUAAAAUCAAAUCUUUAAGGAACAAACUACAAGGAAAGUAAGAAUUUUUUAUUGAAUGAACAUCUAGACGUUGUUCCCUUGUUUUGGUUUCUCUCAUUUCGUGUGCUGUUAGUUUGUUCCUGUUGUUGCUGACAUGCCCCUUUCAGUAUUCGGUAUUUAUUCGUUUGGAAGCGUGCCCUUACAGUGCGGGCGCUUCUGCCAGACGCCAGGCAGCAUCUCCGGGAGCGGCUUUUCCUGGACGCAGGCAGGGGCGCGCUCGCGCCUGCCCACUGGACGCGGUGGACAGCGUGUGCUCCAGCCCCCGUGGAGGCGCGGGUCCUGGUGUCUUGUAUCCUCAGCUCUGCUUUAAGCACAUUGUGUUAGAAGGCAUGCCUUUGCUUGGGCUACUUGGGAAUAGCAGUUCAGUACAGAAUAAAGAUUUAAAAUGCAGCAAGGCGGUCAGUGCAUUGUCUUAAUGAGUUUCGCAGUGAGCAGUCCGAGUCUGUGAAUGUUGGUUACUUGUGGGCAUUCUUGUUUACAGUUAAAACUAUCAUCUCAGGUAAGAAGGACUUUCUAUAAGAAGUGUUCGGUGACCACUUCAGGUCUCCCACCCAUUCAGACGGGUCAGGGUCUCAGACCCUCUCAGGCACAGACUUAGUGUCCUGACCAGUAGAUGGUCGAUGCAGCAGAGAAUUCAGAAAGCAGCACCUCAGCCUACACACGUUUUCCUUCCUUUUGAUGAAAAGGCUGUGAAAACAUUGGAAUUUUUGCUUAUUUUCCCGAGUUCUGGUUAGGAUGGCACUGGGUGUGCGCGAGCUUGAACACUAAAGCCAGGCGCAUGCCCAGGGCUGGCUGGUGUGAUUGGCGAUUCAGCUCUUUCCCCCUCUGUGCCCAGGACCAAAUGACCCCUUGCUGCACGCAACGUGACUCCAUAAAAACGAAUUCCGAUACGUUACAAGAAAGGUGAACGUGCUGUUCUAAGUGGGUAAACCUUUAUUACAAACUGACUUUUUGUGGUUUGUUUUCAUUUUGGUAAUUUUUUUUAGCAGCAGACACUCUACUUAGUGCCAGCAUCUCCAUAAACGUCCCCCCAUGAGCACGUCUUUAUGGGCAGACCCUGGUGCAGCUGCGGUAUGCACACUGCCCUCCCAACUGCAGGGCCAAAGCGAUGCCUGAGGUUAAAGCAUCUGGUCGUGUGGCCUCCCCGCAGCCGCACUGCCCAGAGGGCCCGGCCCAGGAGCGUGUCUGGUCUGCGGGGGGUUGCUUCCCGAGGAGCCUGUCACCUCAGUGCUCAGCACAGCCUCUUCCCUGUGGGACGGGACUGUCGGUGCCAGGGCCCUGGGCUCCCCGUGGCCUCCCAGCAGGUGGCUGGAAAGGCCAGCAUUUGGGGGGAUCAAUGCCAUGUUCAGCUCUUGAACUAUUCAAAAGCCAUAUUUGUUUUCCCGAGAAUGUGUUGCCCUUCCCGAAGUCUUGUGGCUGGGCCCGCUGUAUGUGCGUGUGUUGGUUGACUGGACAGUCACACCUUGACUGUGUGGCCUUUUCUAGGGAGGAUACGGGGAGUGGUUUCUGGUCUAAUGAAAACCCGGCGCACGUGGAACGGACCUGCCUUUUUGGGUGACUCGGGCUCAUUGUGCCCCGGCCCGAUCUGUGCAGGGAGUUCUGCCGGCCCCACUCUGCCCUGCCUGCCUCUGACCUGCGGUCCCCGGGGACUGUGCUGCCGCUCCCGGACCCCGUCCCCGUGAGGUGGUGUCAACGUGACUGACCAGAGAGGCUGGCGCUGGGGCUGCACCUGAAAACCAGUCAGGAGGCUGAUGCUUCUUACAGGGGAAGGGAGGGUGAGGAAGGGGCUCCAGGAAUGUGGGGCCUGGAAGCAGGGCGCUUGCAGAUGCACUAGCACAAGGGCAGUGACUACGCUGUUAACAGAAGGAAUGGCUGAUGUUAACCACUUUGCAACGUUUCUUUGUAAACCUUCCUUCCUGCAUCAGGUGAUUGUGCUUUUGGGUAAAUUAAAAAUCAGAACUCUCCAA